UGUGAGCAGCAGAUACUUGGAGACAGAAGUGAAUUCAGGAAAAGAUGGCCGCCCGCUCUGCUGCUCCUGCUUCAGCUGGUCUCACUGGCGUCUGCCAUCACAUCACUACGGGGAACCGUGACCUAUAGCUACAAAGGAAGAAACCCUGAUGGAUCAUUUAGGGUGGACUUUCGCGACAGGGCGACCUAUGAUGGGUGUCAGUACUCCCAUUACCAGACAUGUAGCACUGGCAACUGUGGCUUACUCACUAAUCAACAGAGAGGCAUAACUGACAGGAGCACCAAUGCACCGCAAAGAAACAGAGAAUGGUGUGAAACAGAAACAGUUCAACAAAGAAAAGUCCCAACUGACAAACCUUUUGAGAUGAGGGCAAGUAGCUGUUGUUGGAUCCGAACACGUAACGGGGUUAGAGGUUGGAGAUUUCGAACUCAAGUAGAUUUGGGAUCAAGAUCUGACACUGGCAAACCAAACAGAUCCCCAGACAUUGCCAUUCUACCUUUCCUACGAGUUCCCCAGAACUGCCCACGGACCUACAAGCUGAUGUCCUUCGACCCUGAUGGAGACACAGUUCGCUGCAGAUAUGGAAAUAUCAGAAAUAUAGAGUGCAGCGGAUGUAACCAACCUUCAGGCUUUGUCUUGGAUCAGGGUUCCUGCUCCUUACAUUACCCGCAAUGCCAUCGCCAACCCAAGUGUUUUUGGAUUUGAGUUGGUGGUGGAGGACUUCCCGCAAAGGCCCAUCUCUCUAUCCUACACCGAUGGAACCCAAUCCUACAAGGCUCCACUGAUUCCCAUGAGGCAUAAACGAGCCUACUACCACACAUAUCCUCCCACGACUUCAGCACCAAUCACGACUCCAGCGCCUAACACUAUGGCACCAACAACACACCCAUGGUGGUGGCGGGGGUAUCAUACACCUCCAGCACCGACCACAACUGCAGCACCAACCACAACCCCAUGGGGGUGGUGGUAUCAUUCUACACCUCCAGCACCGACCACAACUGCAGCACCAACCCCAUGGGGGGGGUGGUAUCAUUCUACACCUCCAGCACCGACCACAACUGCAGCACCAACCACAACCCCAUGGGGGUGGUGGUAUCAUUCUACACCUCCAGCACCGACCACAACUGCAGCACCAACCCCAUGGGGGGGGUGGUAUCAUUCUACACCUCCACCACCGACCACAACUGCAGCACCAACCACAACCCCAUGGGGGCUGCAUACAACUCCAACCACCACAGACAACAGACACCUGCAUGGCACCACGCCUCCUCUCAGUAAACUGCCUUUGCAAUUCUCCUUUCUUGUGGACCCACCUGCUCCCUCAUGUGUUGAUGGACUCUACUUGCCAAAGUUUGUGCACCCAACACCUGACGAUGGACAACACAUCAAUGCCGAGGUCAACAAAGAAGUGGAGAUCAGAGUCCGAGCACAAGCUUCACAUGCAAACACUACAUGAUAUCAUCAUCAGUGGGCCACUGAAUAUCACCAAGCACAGAAGCACACAUGGAGACUUUGUCAUUAGGUGGACGCCUGGCCCUGAUGAUGUGGGGGAUCAUUACCCAAUCUGCUUUGCUGUUGAAUCAGUAAUCGAUCCCGCCUCUACCAUCCCCCCUCCAGCCACAAUUUAUUACGGUUACCAUUCUCACGUCCCCCAAUCUCCACAGUCCGGCAUCUAUCAGUCCGAGAUGAGGUGCGUUCUGGUGAACAUCCGUCAAAGACUAAUUGAAUCCCAUGUGACCUGCCAUGAGUCCUCAAUGACGGUAGAGGUUGAGAGAUCUUCUCUCCCUGGACUCCAUGAGGAUCAUUUACGCCUCAAUGACCCCAGCAACACGGCCUGCAACCUGCAGACAAACUCCAACAGCACGCACAUCAUCGCGGUCGUACCCCUCAACGCCUGCGGCACUCAGAUCGAGGAAGAUGAGGAAAACCUGGUUUUCAAAAAUGAAAUCACCACGGUGGACAACAUAUACGACCUGAUCACCAGGAACCACCUGCUGGACGUCCAGUUCUACUGCCAGUACCCCAACGUGGGAACGUGUCGCAGGGGCUUCACAGCACACAGGAGGAAUGUGGUGGUGUGGGAUAAAGGCUUCGGAAAGUUCACCUACGAGUUUGAGUUCUACCCAGACAGCCAAUAUAGACAAAUGGUUGAUCCAGGGCUGUACCCUCUGGAGUACGAUGUGACGAACAAGAUCUACAUGCAGAUAGAGGCCAAAUCUACCGUCAACAACACCCAGCUGUUUGUGGAGUCCUGCAGUGCAGCACCAUAUGACACCCCCAACUACUGGCCAACAUACUCCAUCAUCGAGAAUGGGUGUAAUGUGGACCAAACGGUGCAGGUGCAUCCGAGCGCCAACCCGAGACAGUUCAGGUUCAGCAUGGAGGCCUUCCAGUUCAUCGGCUUGCACGACCAGGUGUACAUCAGCUGUCAGGUGCUGAUGUGUGAGGCAGGGAGCAGCGGCACCAGGUGCUCACAGGGGUGCAUCAACUCCCCCCUUACUGGGCAUCAUCAUCACCGCAAGAGAGAGGCCCAUCACUCAUGA